CCACUGAUAUAACUGCAUUUCAUUUAGCUGUGUUCCAGUGUAUAUCUCUGCAACAGGGGUAUUUACUUCAGAUUUUCAAGUCAUGGCAUUUCCAACGAAAAAAAGCGUGCUUCUGUUGAUUUCUUGCUGCCUGGUGUUAGAAGGCGUCAAAGCACUCGGUUUCAAGACUGGGAAAGACAACAUAACUACCAUCACACCGGGACUGUUUGCUUGCAAGGUGAUCUACUAUCCAAGUCCCUUCUACGGCGGACAGCAAGUAACGGUUCUCGCGUCAGUUGGCCAUACCGCACAGAACCAAGCGCCUCGGAACGGCGCUGUAGUCUGGGUUGAAGCUGUUACAGCAAGUGAAUUCACAGCUUGUGUCCUUGAAUUCGGAAAUGGGUCCAACAAGACGGUGGAGGUAAAUUGGUUAUCCUUCCAGGCUUCACUGCGUGGAUCUCAGAUUGGUACUACAUCUUUAAAUUCCUGGACAACUGGGACGAAAUGCGAGAGGAUCGAUUUUCAGCAGGUAAGCAUUGCAAUUUCCUUCUGUUUUCAGCUGAUUAUUUUUUCUCAACAAAAUAAAUGUUAGCUUAAGCAGAAUCUGUGAUUAGAAAGGUUGCAGAACAUUUAUAUUUUCGUAACGUUUCCUCACCUAUU